AUCUGGCCAUGCAGCUGGUGGCUUAGGGAUUUUGUCCCAGGAUCGGUUCUUCACCUUCUGGAGCAUCUGUACAGCUCAACAAACCCUUUCUUUUCAGAGACUUUUUAGUCUCAAGAGUUUCAUCUAGCCUUAUUGGUGCAGCAUUGGAAUCCAGCCUUCUGAAGAAUCAGGAAGAAAGAUAUUUUCCUUGGGACUGAAUACGGCACCAAGAGUCCCUUUGAGACUACCAGAGUUAAGUCCUUCAAGACAGACAUUUAAGAAACUGCUUCAAACUCUGGCAGCAAAGGACAGACAUAAAGGAAAAACUGCAGGUUGUUGCAGCAAGAGGAGUGAUUUUCUACCUCAGAAUCCAGCCUGCUGAUUUUGUAUACUGGAAAAGAUAUCUCUGUAAAAAUUCUUUAUAACCCUGCUGGAAAGGUUCUUUAUAUGUACAACCUGUGAAGCCCUGUGCAGCCAAACUCAAGGGAAUUAACUCCUGGAUCCACAUUUCCACUUAAAAAGGGCUAAUCCACUUGAGUGGUCUAGCACCUCAUCACCAACAUCAAGCUUCAUCUGACCAGAGAAAAAAUAAUAACUGACAGUUUGAGGUUGACUACUUCUGCCUAAAGAGUCUGGAACAGGCCUGUGUAAACCUUAAACUACUGAAAUAUUCCUAUACAUCGUUAUGCUUAUUUUAUAGUUACUAUAAUAAUUUUGUUCUUGGGAAUACUUUUAAUUUUGAUUGUGUUACACAAAGCUCAUCAGAUUCCUUGUGUUUUAGAUUAUCUAUUUCAAUCCUUGAUUCUCACCAUAGUCUCAACAAAUAAUAAUGAAAACAUUUAUAUAUGUAGUUACAUUUGUCACCUUUACCCAGGCAUGGAAAGAGAAUUCCUUAGUCAGAAUUUCACAGUCUCUAGCAACUUCUGGAAAUUUAGCAAAAUGUUGGAUGUGCUACCCCAACCCUCAUACCACUCAUGAACAUAAUGGCUUACUGGUACAACCUGUUCUAAACUUUAGCUCAGUUCCUAAGUGCAUUGUCAAUCAUACCCGUCAGAGUUAUGUUGGAUAUAACCCCAUAAUCAGUUAUCCAGUUCGUCUAGCACAUUCCAGUCAACCCUUACCAUGUUUUUAUAUUUACACUCGUGUCAUUCCUCCAAAGUUUACCCAUAAGACUAUGGAAGAGGCUGAAGCAGCAUUAAAAGAACUUUUAGAAAAAUACUAUAAUGGAUCCCUCAAAGGUGAAGGUCCAGCCUUACCUGGGUGUGCUACCACUGACCCUUGGCUUAAUGAUCUACGAGAACAAAUUAGAGAAAACUUUGAGCAGUUUGUAUGUGCACCCCCUGGUUAUAUUUUUGUCUGUGGAGGAGAUCACCACCCAUGGGCCCGUAAGUGCAUUAAAGGAUGGGUCAUGAGGGGGCAAUGCCUCCUAGGAUAUUUGUUUACACCUGUAUCCAUAUUUGAUGCAGAGGCAAUUCAGCACUGGUCUCGUUCCCCUGAACUUCCCUCUGGAUUCAAACAAGCCACUUUAGAUGGCUCCAUCCACUUCUUUGGAAGAGCAUUUUUGCCAUGGUGGGGUGUUGCUAACCAUGAGCAUAUGACUAGAAACCUUUCCAUUACCUUAGGCAACCUUGCUGAAGAGAAUGCUGCUUCCAUUAUAGCACAGCAUAAAGCUACUGACUCUUCACCCAAUCUUGAAUUAGAUAGCCGAAUUGCUCUAGACUACACAUUAGCAGAAAAAGGAGGCAUAUGUGUGGUAACAAAUGCAUCUUGCUGUGUCUAUAUAAAUAUGUCUCAUGAAGUAGAAACACAUUUGGAAACUAUUAGAAAAGAAGCCACCUGGAUCCAAUAGGUCUCUAUCAUGGAAAUUGGAUUUAAUCUGUUUAGUGAUCAUUUUGGUUGAUUAUUAGUAGAAAUCAAAUGAUUAUUUAGAAAAAUAUUAUAGUUUGAUACUUCUACUUGGCAUUCUUUUGAUUGUUAUAAUCUCUAAAUGCUAUAUCUUUUCUUGUUCCCAAAUAUGUAAAUCAGUAGAAUGAAUUUCAGCCUAAUAUUACACUAGCUCAAAAGAUUGAACUAACUACCUGUAACUUUCCAGAAGAAGCUAUUUUUGAGAACACUGAAGAAUUCUGUGGGUGAAUGGUUAGAUGCUUGCUCUCUCUUCCUGUCUACUACUCGUAAUUGGACAAAAAAUAUCUCACUGUUGUUAUCUACAAAUUUCCCUCCUCUCUGGGAUAUGACUUCCUAGGAAUGAGUCUUCCUAGCAAUGUGAGAUGUGACCUGGAACAUAAAAUGGCUACGUAAGAAGUGAUAAAAUUAAUACAGCAUCCAUCAACAAUGCUUACUCUAAAAGGCUCCAAUAAAAGGGGGAAUGAUAAGAAUUCUGGGAUGUCUUAAGUUACAGGCCAGAGAAUGGAGGGAGGAAAGAGAAAAGAGAAGUCCAAUGUACUUACAGCUCAAUCUUCAAGUUAAGUCAAUAAAGAAAAAAGAAGAAGAAGAAAGAAUCAUUCCACAUUCCUUGUCUGUAUUGCUAAAGGCCACAUUGCAUUCUGCUUUAGAACCAACCAACCAAGAAAUAGCAAAAUCUUCUUUUUUAUGGUCUGCUUUGCAAUGUCCUGCUCCUCUCAUCUAUAGCCAAUGUAAGUUCAGUGCAGCUUAUUUGUGUUUCCUCACCCCAAAAUUUUACUAUAAAACACUCUGGCCUAACCUUAGGUCUGAUGGACAUUUUUUCACUCACUUUCUGGCCAAGCCGCUGGUGGCUUAGGGAAUUUGUCCCAGGACCAGUCCUUUACCUUCUGGCUA